AUGGCUUUCGCUUUGACCUUGGAGCGCCACAACAGCCCGAACCAGUACGAGGCACGGUUCCCACAGAUCGACCUGUCCAUCGCCGCGGGGAGAGCAGAGGUCACCACCCGUGCCGUGGUGGUGAUCACGGACAAGAGCUUCACAAGCCCGAUGCCGACGCACCGUGGGCACCCUCCUCCGCCACCGCCGCCGAGUGGACAAGGGGCGACGGGAGGGCAGGCAGGAGCAGCAGCGCCGGGAUCGCCAAGCAGUUUCUCCAUGGUGACAGGGCCAGACGCUGCCAGGACGCCGGCAGCAGCCUUGGAGACCCCCGCGCCAACGACGCCGCCAGGAGGAGCAGCGCCACCGGGACCAUCGACGCCACCGGAGGCAGCCCCGGACACGACCCCACCAAGAAUGACGCUGAGCAGCAGCAAGAAGGCGAGGGUUUCGGAGGAGUCGGUGGAGAGAGCAAGGGGUUCACAAGAUCCAGCGCCAAUGGAUGUGGCGAGGGGCUUGGAAGAGCCAGUGGAGAGGCCGAUCGCACCACCGGCCCCGCCGCCAACCAGAUUGGCGUUGCGGAACAUGGCCAAGGCGGGAGCAGCAGCGAAGGCAAAGACAUCUCCCAAGGCGAGCCAUCGCCUUCCUCCGAGGGUGUCUUGGGACGACCUCUAG